UAGCUUGGCUUCAUCCUAGAAGAAGAUGGAAACUUAACCUGACUUAACCUAAGUGUUUGUUGUUUCCAUUCGAAUUGAUCAUACGUAUAUUUCAAAUUGUUUUUCUUUCUAACUUUAUGAGAGUAUUGUAAAAGUAAUGGAUUUGUUAAAAUCGGCCCAAAAUGCUUUAUCUGUUGUAGAUGCCUUGCAAGAAUUAUGUUGUUGCAGCCGGUGUAUUCUGCGCUUUUUAGGAGUUCAAUAUUCGGAGGUGGGAUCUCCUUAUGAGAAACCGGAAGAUUAUUUAAAUAAACUCGUGUCAGCCCAACAACCUGAACGUAUAUUAGAUACAUUAAAUGAAUCCAGUCCUAAGAAACGGAAAUCAAACAUUUGCCCCAUGUGUCUCGACUGUUUUCGUGAUGAAACUAUUGAAAAUCUUGUAAAGCAUGUUGAAUCACUUGGUAUCGAAAGCUAUAAUUACGACAAUUUUGUGUUUAAUGUUAGUUUUCCGAAAUGUUUGGCUGUCAGGGCACAUAGCAUGCUACUGCAUUUGAGAAAACACUUUCCGCUUUAUAAAUCUGUGAACUUGUAUGAGACGACAACAAGUGUAAUGGAUGAGGUGUUGCUAGAGCAGCCACAUAAAAUAUUUAGAGCUGUAGCCACUGGAAAGCUAUCUGAGGCUUUAAAUAAGCAGUAUUAUCCAAAGUCGCAUUUGAAUAUUCUUAUAUCAAUAAAAUAUGAGAAAGAUGACGAAGAAGUUGAAAAUAUGAAGAAUUUAAACAGGAAUCAACGAUCCAAAAAGAGAAUCGACGUCAGUAGGAACAACAUACUCGAGCAUUUAAAAGAUGUAGAUGAUAAAUUAUUCACGUAUCAUUUUGCCAUUCCGCCAGCAAUACCCGACAAAGAAGUACAACUGGAAAGAGUGAAUGUUACCACGGAUCCAAUCUUUAUCGGUGGCAGGUAUCUGAAGUUUAAGAGAAAUGUUGGUCAAACUCCGUGGAUUGUGGACGGUGUAAGUGUUACCGAACACAAUGUGCAAGACAUUGUAUUCGAUGCAAUAGUCAAUGUUCUUAGAUGUGAAAAAAAGAAUAUGACAUUCUCAGCCAGUGGCAGAGAAGAUGUCGAUGUUCGGAUGCUCGGUGCUGGCAGACCGUUUUAUGUUAAAAUUGAUAACGCUAAGCAAAGGCAAUUUUCCUCCGAACAAUUUAGGGAAGUAGAAAGACAGGUGAUUAAAAGCGAGUUGGUGGCAGUAACAAAAUUGCAAAGCAUAUUCUGCUCUGAUUUAACGCGUAUAAAGUCUGGAGAAGAAAGCAAGAAAAAAACAUACAGGGCGUUAUGCAAAACGGCUGCACCAGACAUAAAAGCGGCCAUUGAUAUUCUAAAUAAGCAAUCAGAACUAACUGUUUCGCAGCUCACUGUGAUGAGAGUGCUUCAUAGGCGUACCUUGAUGGCUAGGGAUAAAACCAUAUAUAAGAUGUCUGCAACUGAAGUGCCAGGAUAUUCUGAUCUUUUUGAGUUGGAAGUUAAUACGCAAGCGGGAACCUAUGUGAAAGAGUUCGUUCAUGGGGACUUUGAGAGGACUAAUCCCAGUGUUAGUUCAAUAUUAGGAUACCCAACUGAUUUGGUUGCUUUGGAUUGUUUGGAUAUUGAUUUGGUUUGGCCAGAGAAGGACCCAAAUUUGGCACUAUGAAAUGCAGUUUACAGUUAAAUUUGUUUCAUUUUUUUCACAUUUGGAAUAUAUCAUUUCAGCAUUGGU